AGUCCAGUAUAAUCUGAAUUCUCUCACUGAGGUGAUCACAUUUGAUGAGGAAGGUGUCUGCGUCUCCUUCACUGGAGUCAAACACUGUAUGAGAAAUAACCCAGUGGUACAGAUUGAUGUUAAUGAUGCUAAUUGGCAUGAAGUGGUGUUCACAUGGUCCUCUAGUACUGGACUUAUCGUCACUGUAGACAGUGUGGUGGUCAUCAGGAAUAUGACCUACGCCCUCGGUCUCACACUGCCACCCUUCGGCUGGUUUGUUCUUGGAGGCGAGUACGACCUGGACAGAAGAGCCGCCGUAGUUGGGCAAGGAUUCCAGGGCUACCUGAGCAAACUGACUGUGUUCAACCGUGUCUUCCCGCUGGCUGAUAUCCCUGGCAUUGGCACCGACAGGUUCAACGAUGACCGCAUCUUGUUAUGGGGAGACUACAGACUGAACAGAGGCUGUGUGAGGACAGGGAGCAGUACCGUGGGCACCACGCCCUGCCGCCCAGGGUUUGUGGGGCCAACCUGUGACCCUCAGCCAGAUGUCACUCCCCUCACGAUAACCUGUCCAGCAGACGUGCACCUGGUGACCUCUACACGCUCCAAGUCCGCGGAGUGGGCAGACCCAGUGGUGAAUGGUGCUUACAAGUCGCUCACACCAAGCAUGAUGAAAGGUCAAACUUUGGCAUGGGGCAGACACAAGGUCACAUAUCGUGUUGAGGAUUUUGCAGGAAAUGUGGCUUUCUGCAGUUUCAAGAUUUUUGUCAGAUAUGGCUGUACUGGUUUAUCUGAUGAUGGCGUCUGUUACUCUGCCUCCACUGUCACAGCUGUUCACAGUGACGUUAACUCAGGUUGUUCUAGGCAGUACGGUCUGAACACGGCCCCAGCCUCGGCACAGCUGCUGCAGAAACUACGGGAGCAUCUCACCAGUCGUAAUGCUUCCGGGGACUUCUACUGGCUUGAUGCCAAGUGGGAUGGUAUGAGUUUUAAAGACGCUGGAGGAAACACUGUAACUGUGGCAGGGUCAGAGCUGGCGUCUGCGCUGGGUGGGGCUCUGCCCACCUCAGGUAAUGAAGGCAUGUGCCUGGCGCUCAGCAGGAGUGACGGGUUCAAAGUGACAGUCCAGAACUGCAGCAGUAAAGCCCACUAUAUCUGCAGCAGUGAUAUCACAAGUGGUAAUUGUGAGACUCCAGCUCCUAUAAAGAAUGGCGUGUGGGAGUGCAGUGACGGAGGAUCUCAGUGUCGUCAGUGUAAAGUGAAGUGUAACCCCAACUAUGCUGUACCAAGACGCAUUCCUGAAUACUUCAGCUGUGGCCCUCUGGGAUACUGGGGCUCUGCCAGGACGCCAUCAGCCACAUUCCGUGUACCGUCCUGUACAUUAAAAAGUGACAAAAGAGUGAGAGUAUAUGUACGUAUCCGUAUACAAGUGCCAGGCCCCCUCUCGACACAGCAAGCCAAUGCCAUCAUGGUUGCCAUAAGAGGCCUGAUCAGAAGCCAUUUUGUAGUUCUUAACAACCUCUGGAACAAUCUGUGGUGCUACAUCACAGACUGUUCUAGAAAACUCUCCGAAAACAACAUCACAGUAAUGCAGAGAUCGUCUGCAAGAAGGAGAAAACGUCAGAGUACUUCUGAGUUUGAUGUUACCUUUUCUGUUGGUGAUUUACCCGAGAUGAUGAACAACACAGGUGGAAAUGAAACAUUGACCCCAUUGCAGAUUCUCCUACGGGAUGCACUGCAGCAAAAUGGAUUUAACUUUAAUAAUGACAUAGCGGGCAGUGUCACCCUCCCUGACCAGACGGUGAUCACCUCCGAGCCGUCCUGCGGCCCCGGCCAGACCCUAGUGGGCACAAGCUGCGUGGACUGUGCUGAAGGUACCUACUACAACAGCUUGACCCAGACGUGUGACGACUGUCCAGUCGGUCAGUUCCAGAAUAUGACCAGCCAGACGUCGUGUAUGAUGUGUCCAGGAGGUGGCACCACUGAUGGCGCGGGGUCCACUUCUGUGGCUGACUGUAAAAUAUCAUGUCCAGCAGGCUCUUACUUCAGUAAAGUCAGUGGGUCCUGCAGACUUUGCCCGGUCAGUUACUACCAGGAGCAGACUGGUCAGUUCAGCUGUGACCCAUGUCCAGUAGACAAGGUGACCAGGGACCCAGGAGCCGAUAACUCUUCCAUGUGCUUCGAUGACUGUCCCAGUGGCAGUGAGCUGGAUGACCAGGGUCAGUGUGUCAGUUGUCCACGUGGUUACUACAGACAGCAGGGAGUCCAGCUCAGGUGUACAGAGUGUCCAGCUAACUUUAUCACACCUGGCAAUGGUAGCAUCACUGUGGCAGAGUGUACAGUCCCUGACUGUCAGCCAGGCUCCUAUAUAGACUCCAAUACUUGUACAGCCUGCGAUAACGGGUUCUAUCAGCCAGAGAAAUGGCAGACAUCUUGUAUCAGCUGUGGAGACUCUGCAAACUGGAGAACAGAUCAGAUAGGAUCCACCAUGCAGUCUCAAUGCAAAUACUACUGCCCAUCAGGGUAUGAAGUGCAGAACUUCACCUGUGUUGCAUGUCCAGUUGGUACCUAUAAAGAUAUCUCCAGCGGGAACUACUACGGAAUGUGCGACCCAUGUCCUAACAACAAGGUGACAGAGCAGGACACCUCUAUAUCUGUGGACAACUGUACCAUCUCCAAUUGCAGUGCAGGCUAUGCAUCAUAUGAGGAUGGUUCAGGGUGCUACCCGUGUCCCCGGGGUACCUAUCAGCCAGAAUCCCUCCAGAGACAGUGUUUACAGUGUAUCAACCGUACCAUGUACACCACACUGGAUGAAGCCAACACAAGUCCCAGUGCAUGUACAAAAUUCUGUCCUUCUGGACAUGAGAUUAUGACAGAUGGCACGUGUCGGCCAUGUGAGCGUGGUCUCUACAAGGACAACCUGGUGGGUCCUGACUUUGAACUGAACAGGUGCACAGCCUGCCCGCCUGGGGUGGUCACAGACAUAGGAGUCACCGCUGCCACCAAUGCCAGUAUAUGUACUUUCUUGGCUUGUGAUCCUGGAUAUUAUUACCUGAAGCCUGCCAAUGCCUGUGAACCAUGUCUGAAAGGAGCAUACCAGCCCAACAAGUGGCAGGCACAGUGUCUGCAGUGUCAGUCUGGAGAAACCACCACAGGAACAGGCUCUAUUAAUGAGACACAGUGCCUUAAGUACUGCCC